AUGACUCCGGCUAAAACAGAUUUUUUGCCCGCUAAUGUAUGUGGAUUCUGGUCCACUGGAUCGAAAUAUGCUAAUUCAAUUGCUCAUCAGCAAGAAUCUCGCGAGCAUCGGUCGAACGACAACAAGGGCAAGGGCAAUGGCAAGGGCAAGGGCAAGGGCAAGGGCAAGGGCAAGGGCAAGGGCAAGGGCAAGGGCAAGGGCAAGGGCAAGGGCAAGGGCAAGGGCAAGGGCAAGGGCAAGGGCAAGGGCAAGGGCAAGGGCAAGGGCAAGGGCAAGGGCAAGGGCAAGGGCAAGGGCAAGGGCAAGGGCAAGGGCAAGGGCAAGGGCAAGGGCAAGGGCAAGGGCAAGGGCAAGGGCAAGGGCAAGGGCAAGGGCAAGGGCAAGGGCAAGGGCAAGGGCAAGGGCAAGGGCAAGGGCAAGGGCAAGGGCAAGGGCAAGGGCAAGGGCAAGGGCAAGGGCAAGGGCAAGGGCAAGGGCAAGGGCAAGGGCAUGGGCAAGGGCAAGGGCACGGACAAGAGCAAGGGCAAGGACAAGUGGAAGAGCAAAAGCAAGGCCACAAGCAAGAGCCAGAGCAAAAGCCAGAGCAAGAGCCAAAGCAAGAGCAAACGCAAGAGCAAAAGCAAGAGUAAGAGUAAAUGCAAGUGCAAAAGCAAGAGCAAGUGGAAGAGCAAGAGCAAGAGUCAAAGCAAGAGCAAGAGCGAGAGCCAGAGUAAGAAAUUAGAUAAAGAGCAAGAGCAAGGCAAGGGCCAGAACAAGAACACAGGCAAAAGGAAGAGUUAG